AUGACUUCAAACACGAACACGGUGGUUUCGGCAAGUUCUGACGUCGCCCACGUCAUUUCUAUCAUCAUCACGAAAAGUAGCAACGUCACUGGACAAGCGGAACCCGUCGCGAGCAUAUCGCAGUUCGAGCCGGCCAGUCCUGAUGGAUCUCCAGCGGAAAAUUUACACGUGGAAGGUAACAUCACGGAGAAUUCCCUGAUGAAAGAGCUGGGCUACCUUCAAGUGACCUGGAAUGGCCCUACAGGAGCGCAAGCCGGGAACUACACAUGUGAGAUUACGGCUCUGACCUCCAACAAGCACAUCGUCGAAAUAAAUGGCAAACUGAACAUCACGGCGUCAGAGCCUGGGGUCUCGGACCUGAUCAGGUUCAUUAUCGACCACGACCGGCUCAUCAACCAGCUGCAGAUCACCAAUCAGGAACUCGUCAAUAAAACCGAGGAGCUGCGG